AUGCCGGGAUACUACACAUUCUACUCUGGUGCCGAGCUGUUGAGACCUUUAGCGCUACGGUUCGGCUUCGAGCUUGAUAAGGUAAAUUUCGUAUUCUGUCAGUUUCUGUCGUUGCCGGCGGCCCUUCUUUACUACCGGUUCCGUUCAUCGCGAUGGGAAACCAAGUGGAUUCGUCUGCUGCUGCCUGCGUUGCUGGGACUUUACUUUUGCUUCUUCUGUUACGGCCGUGCAACAAAGCAUCUGGUCGCUGAUGCAGUUCUCAACUUUGUGUUGCUGAAGACUUGCGACCCGAAAUAUGUGCACAAGGUGGUGUUUUGCUGCUCGAUGGCUUACAUGUCUUACAUGCACAUGUUCAGGGCGCUCUUUUCAAAUAGCUACCUGUUGGACAUAACCGGCUCGAUGAUGAUCAUGACUGAAAAAUUGACGUCGCUAGCCUUCAACUUGCAUGAAGGCGCCGAACCGGCCGCGCAGCUGAACGACGAUCAGAAACGCCUCGCUUUAGCGAAGGUUCCGAGCUGUCUUCAUUACUUCUCGUUCCUAUUCAACUUCCAAACUGUACUGUGCGGGCCGUUUUCUUUCUACAAGGAUUAUUGGAACUUUACUGAUCAGAUUUAUUCUGAGCAAUUGUUUUUCACAUUGCUUUCUCCUGGCACGUGUCUUCUGUGCCCAUCUGUGUCCGCUGACGGUACAGCGAUGAUCUCGCCGAUGACUAAUGCGGAACUGAACGUAUUUCACGGAGUUCUUCAACGCAGGUAACU